AGAGCAGAACUUUGUGGUUCAGAACGAGAUCAACAACCUCUCGUUCCUCACCGGAGACAGUAAAACCAAGAUGGCAAAGUCAUUCCUCCCCAAGGCUGGUGGUCAGGAUCAGGAGCGGAAGCAUAAGAAGCGCCGUGGAGACUUUUACUCCGUCCAGACGUCUCUGAUCGUGGCGGCGCUGAAGAAGAUGCUUCCCAUCGGUCUGAACAUGUGCACGCCGGGAGACCAGGAGCUCAUCCUGCUGGCUAAGACACGAUACGGCCUGAAGGACACAGAUGAAGAGGUGAAGGAGCACAUCAGACAGAACCUGCACCUGCAGGAGAAGUCGGCGGAUCCGGCUGUUCAGUGGCAGCUCAACCUCUAUAAGGAUGUGAAGGUGAAGACAGAUGACACUCUGGAUCCGGAGCGGAGCAUUGAGAGAAUCCAGAGCAUCUCAGCCGCUGUAUUCCACCUUGAGCAGGUUGAGCAGCCGUUGCGCUCUAAGAAGUGUGUUUGGCAGAAGUUGUUGUCUAAGCAGCGGAAGCGAGCCGUUGUGGCGUGUUUCAGAAUGGCUCCACUCUACAACCUGCCCAGGCAUCGCUCUAUUAACCUGUUCCUCACGGGCUACCAGCGGCUCUGGAUCGAGGCAGAGAUGUACUCGUUUGAGGAGAAGCUAGUGCAGGAUCUGGCAAAGACGAAGACUGAUGAAGAGGAGGAGGAGAUCACAGACACUCAGCCAGACCCUCUUCAUCAACUCAUCCUGCACUUCAGUCACAACGCACUGACAGAACGCAGCUCACUAGAAGAGGAUCAGCUGUACAUCGCAUACGCAGACAUGAUGGCUAAGAGCUGUGCUGAAAAUGAGGAAGAGGAUGAGGAAGGAAAAGAAAAAACAUUUGAGGAGAAGGAGAUGGAGAAGCAGAAGACUCUGUACCAACAGGCCCGACUCCAUGACAGAGGAGCAGCAGAGAUGGUCUUACAGAUGAUCAGCGCUAGUAAAGGUCAUUUGGGUCCGAUGGUCACGUUCACGCUGAAGCUCGGCAUCUCCAUUCUCAACGGUGGAAACAUCACAGUCCAGCAGAAAAUGCUGGACUAUUUGAAGGAGAAGCGAGAUGUGGGUUUCUUCAAGAGUCUGUCAGGACUGAUGCAGUCGUGCAGUGUUCUGGAUCUGAACGCGUUCGAGCGUCAGAAUAAGGCCGAGGGUUUGGGGAUGGUGACUGAGGAAGGCUCCAUCAACGUGAGGGAGCGCGGCUCUAAAGUUCUUCAGAAUGACGAGUUCACCAGAGAUCUGUUCAGGUUCCUGCAGCUCCUGUGUGAGGGACACAAUAACGACUUCCAGAACUUUCUCAGGACGCAGACAGGAAACACUACCACAGUCAAUAUAAUCAUCAGCACAGUGGACUAUCUGCUCAGACUGCAGGAGUCAAUCAGUGAUUUUUACUGGUAUUACUCUGGUAAAGACGUGAUGGACGAGGCAGGUCAGCGGAAUUUCUCCAAAGCUCUCGCUGUAGCCAAACAGAUCUUCAACUCACUCACUGAAUACAUACAGGGUCCGUGUAUCGGGAACCAGCAGAGUUUGGCUCACAGCAGACUUUGGGAUGCCGUCGUCGGAUUUCUGCACGUCUUCGCCAACAUGCAGAUGAAGCUGUCACAGGACUCCAGUCAGAUCGAGCUGCUGAAGGAGCUGAUGGAUCUGCAGAAGGACAUGAUAGUCAUGAUGCUGUCACUGCUGGAAGGAAAUGUGGUGAAUGGGACCAUCGGCAAGCAGAUGGUGGACACUCUUGUGGAGUCCUCCAGCAACGUGGAGAUGAUUCUCAAGUUCUUCGACAUGUUCCUCAAGCUGAAAGAUCUAACAACCUCGGAGAACUUCAAGGAGCAUGACCCCGACCGUAAAGGCGUCAUCUCCAAGAAGGAGUUCCAGAAGUCCAUGGAGAACCAGAAGCAGUACUCUCAGUCCGAGAUCGAGUUCCUGCUGUCCUGCGCCGAGGCCGACGAGAACGACAUGUUCAACUACGAAGAGUUCGUCAAUCGCUUCCACGAACCCGCCAAAGACAUCGGCUUCAACGUGGCGGUUCUUCUCACCAAUCUGUCGGAGCACAUGCCUCACGAUUCCCGACUGUCCACCUUCCUGAACCUGGCCGAGAGCGUUGUGAACUACUUCGAGCCCUACCUGGGCCGCAUCGAGAUCAUGGGCGGCGGCAAGAGAAUCGAGAGGGUUUACUUCGAGAUUAGCGAGUCCAGCCGAACGCAGUGGGAGAAACCGCAGGUCAAAGAGUCCAAGCGGCAGUUUAUCUUCGAUGUCGUCAACAAGGGCGGAGAAUCGGAGAAGAUGGAGCUGUUCGUGAACUUCUGCGAGGACACCAUCUUCGAGAUGCAGCUAGCAUCUCUGAUCUCCGAGCCGGACGCUGCUGAGAGACAAGAGGAGGUCGAUGAUGAAGAUGAUGCUCGGAGCGUGGAUCUAGACGAGGACGAUGAAGAUGCCGCACAGGAGUCUUCCUCAGCGUUCGCUCUGGCCUGCGUCUCCAUGAGGAAGAGUCUGUCCAACCUGCGGCAGCUGCUGACCUUCAGGAGCAUGAGGAGACAGUAUCGCAAGCUGAGGAAGAUGAGCGUCCGCGAGAUGAUCCGAGGAUUCUUCUUCUUCUUCUGGAUGAUCUUCACUGGCAUGUUCCGCUUCCUCUACAGCCUGGUCUGGGGCUUCUUCCACAUCCUGUGGUCCACGCUGUUCGGCGGCGGUCUCGUAGAAGGAGCCAAGAACAUGAAGGUGACGGACAUUCUGGGGAACAUGCCGGAUCCCACGCAGUUCGGGAUCCACGGAGACGUUCUGGAGCUGGAGAAGCUGGAGUACUGUGACGUGUCGUCGGUGGCGGAGCUGGGGCGCAUGACGGCGGGAGACCAGGCGGAGAUGGAGCUCAUGACGGAGCUGAUGUACAUGCAGCCCAGGAGGGAAGGAGGCAAGCAUGGCAUGGAGCCGGGGCUGGGAGACGUGUCCGAGGUGAUCGGAGUGGACACUCCGUCUUUAGCCAGCGCCGUCCAUCAGAAGAAAGCUCAGGAAGCCGCCAGUAAACAGACUGAUGAAUCAGAGACCAAAUCAGAGUCGGAGAAGGCAGAUGUUGAGGACAGAGAGAAGAAAGACCAGGACAAGGGUAGAGAGGAGAGUGUGUCAGACUCGCUGACAGACGAAGAGAAGAAGCCGCAGAAGAAGAGACGCGGCCAGAGGAAGGAGCAGGCCGAGGCCUUCAUGGCGGCGUUCUUAGCCAGUCUAGACGUCCAUCAGACCAAAACCCUGAAUUAUCUGGCCAGAAACUUCUACAACCUGCGAUUCCUGGCUCUGUUUGUGGCGUUUGCCAUCAACUUCAUCCUGCUUUUCUACAAGGUGACCGGUGAGGACUCUGAUGAUCUGGACCCGUGGACGCGGCGAGAGGACGAGGAUGAUGAAGCUGCGCUGGAGUAUUUUGUUCUUCAGGAGAGCACGGGUUACAUGGCUCCGACCCUGCGCUUCCUGGCCGUCAUGCACACCGUCAUCUCCUUCCUCUGUGUGCUGGGAUAUUACUAUCUGAAGGUGCCGCUGGUGGUGUUCAAGCGUGAGAAGGAGAUCGCACGCAAGCUGGAGUUCGAUGGGCUCUACAUCACCGAGCAGCCGUCUGAUGAUGAUAUUAAAGGCCAGUGGGACAGACUCGUCAUCAACACGCCGUCGUUCCCCAACAACUACUGGGACAAGUUUGUCAAACGGAAGGUUAUUAAUAAGUACGGCAAUCUGUACGGAGCCGAGCGGAUCGCGGAGCUGCUGGGUUUGGACAAAAGUGCUUUAGACUUCAAUCCCACCGAAGAGACGGUCAUUAAAGACGCCUCGCUGCUGUCCUGGUUGAGCUCCAUUGACACCAAGUAUCACGUGUGGAAGAUGGGCGUCGUGUUCACUGAUAACUCGUUCCUGUAUCUGGUCUGGUACACCACCAUGUCCAUCCUGGGACAUUAUAAUAAUUUCUUCUUCGCCGCUCAUCUGCUGGACAUCGCCAUGGGCUUCAAAACACUGAGGACCAUCCUGUCCUCCGUCACACACAACGGCAAACAGCUGGUGCUUACAGUCGGGCUGCUCGCUGUGGUCGUGUACCUCUACACCGUCGUAGCGUUCAACUUCUUCCGCAAGUUUUAUAACAAGAGCGCUGACGAGGACGAGCCCGAUAUGAAGUGUGAUGACAUGAUGACGUGUUAUCUGUUCCACAUGUACGUGGGCGUCCGUGCUGGCGGCGGGAUCGGUGACGAGAUUGAGGACCCCGCGGGCGACCCGUACGAACUCUACCGGAUCCUGUUCGACAUCACCUUCUUCUUCUUCGUCAUUGUGAUCCUGCUGGCCAUCAUACAAGGUUUGAUCAUCGAUGCGUUUGGAGAGCUGAGAGACCAGCAGGAGCAGGUCAAAGAGGACAUGGAGACCAAAUGCUUCAUCUGUGGAAUCGGGAACGAGUAUUUCGACACGACGCCGCACGGCUUCGAGACUCACACGUUACAAGAGCACAACCUCGCCAACUACCUAUUUUUCUUGAUGUACCUGAUCAACAAGGAUGAAACCGAGCACACUGGUCAGGAGUCGUACGUGUGGAAGAUGUACCAGGAGCGAUGCUGGGAUUUCUUCCCGGCCGGAGACUGUUUCCGUAAGCAGUAUGAAGACCAGCUGGGCUGAAAGAGCUGCGUUUCCUUCAGAUCCAAUCCAGUGCCAAUUCAGUGGAGUCUCUCUCUCUCUCUCUCUCUCUUUCCCUCUGUCUGCUCUGGUUUCAAACCGUUCUUUUCCUUUUCAGUCCCUCAACAAAAGACAGAACAGCUCAACACGUUGCCUUCUUUGAGCCCAGAACCAUUGCACAAGGUUUUUUCCAGUUUUUUGAGAAACUCUGGGGUGAUGCACAAGCGUUUGGACAGCAUGAUGCCAAAAGCACGCGUGUUUGUGCGUGUGUUCACACUCCCUCGGACCCUUUGCCUGCUUGCCCGUAGAGACGAGGAGAUUCCCGACUCAAACCUUCGUCAAGUGCCUUACCUCCAUCACAUCUGAGCUAUGCAAGACCUGCGUUCCCUCCCGAUGUCGUGGAGGUCUGUUCGUGCUCCCGUCUCCUGGUUUCAGAUGGAAAUGCUCUCGUUUGGCCGUUCGUAUGUUGUAGCUUUGCUGAAUUGUGCUUUUGUUUAGAAGGACAAAUAAAGAUAUUGAUGCAAUAAACCUCUUCUGUCGAAGCCGCCGCUCAUUUGACAUCUUUACACACACGCUUUGUUCAGUAGAAAACAACACUUUGUUCUUCCUUCACAGCGGCGUUUUGCAUUUACAGGUAAAUUAGGCAGACUUCAUAUGAACGGAGCUCAAACUCUUGUGAAGUUGUGUAACGUCACACACAACCCUCAAAAUAAUUUAGCAUCACAUUCACGUGUUUAGGUAAACAGAUAUUAUUUUUUUAUUA